AUGCACAAGCCCAUGCUCGCUUCGAGUCGAUUAGAAACGUUGAAAUCUCUAUUGCAGAAAGUGAGAUCACUCUGGCUUGAUGCACUUCGAGCUACAUGGUUUUUUUUGCUUCAUAAUCUGAGCGUAAAUAAGCAUUGCCCUCUGUUUUGA